AUGUGCAUUGUGCAGGCCAUAUGUCGGGAUACAUUUUGCCUACUUUUCGUUGCGAGUAAAAAUGGAGCAUGGUCUAAAAGUGACAUUAGGAGUUUUCCCAAGGGUUUCAUGUUCGGGGUUUCAACGUCUGCAUAUCAAAUUGAAGGAGGUUGUUAUGAGGAUGGUAAAGGUCUAUCAAUUUGGGACAUAGCCAGUCACACAAAACCUUCACCAAUCGACGAUGGAAGCACAGGCGACAUUACUGUUGAUUCGUACCAUCUUUACAAACGGGAUAUCUCUAUGUUGAAAGACUUGGGAGUUGACUUUUAUCGUUUUUCUAUAUCCUGGACGAGAAUAUUACCAAAUGGCUUUUCCAAUUACGUCAAUAGUGCUGGGUUGAGGUACUACAACCACCUUAUCAAUGACCUGCUGAAAAAUGGUAUAACGCCUUUCGUCACCAUGUACCAUUGGGACCUUCCGUAUGAACUCCACAAAUUAGGAGGUUGGACGAACCCUGUUACGGUCGAUUGGUUUGUUGAUUACGCGAACAUUUUGUUUGAAAGUCUCGGCGAUCGAGUUAAAUUUUGGAUAACAAUAAACGAGCCGAAGGAAAUUUGCCACGAAGGUUACGGUUCGGAUAUGAAAGCUCCUUUCCUCAAUAUGAGUGGAAUAGCUGAAUAUAUUUGUGCAAAAAACGUUUUGCUCGCCCACGCUAAGGUGUACCAUUUGUAUGAUGAAGAGUAUAGGACACAGCAACAGGGUAGUAUUGGUAUAGCUUUAAAUGCUAAAUGGUUUGAACCAGCUUCAGACACUAUUGAUGACCAUCAAGCAGCGAUCGACGCUAGACAAUUUGAUUGGGGUUUAUAUGCGCAUCCAAUAUUUUCCAAAGAAGGCGACUAUCCUACUCAGGUGAAAAACAAUGUUUAUGCUAAGAGCGUUGAACAGGGCUAUGCACAAUCGCGUUUACCAGAACUUUCGGCUGCUGAAAUAGCUAUUAUACGGGGAACAUCAGAUUUCUUUGGCCUUAAUUCAUUUACAACAGUAUUGACAUACAGAGAUGCUUCAUUGGAUGGAAUGUUUCCCGUGCCUUCAUUUAGAGAUGACAUGGGAGCAGUUUUGACAAAUGACCCCUCUUGGCCGCGUAGUCACUCACCUUGGCUGCAGGAAGUUCCAUGGGGCUUUCGUAAGUUACUCCUCGAAAUAAACAAACUCUACGACAAUCCGCCGGUGUACAUCUUGGCAAACGGUUGGUCUUCUAAAAGAGGAUUAUUAGAUGAAGACAGGAUACAAUACAUGAGGAAUUACCUUAUUGCCCUAUUAGAUGCUGUCAAAUUGGGGUGCAAUAUCAAGGCUUAUGCAGCUUGGACCCUGAUGGAUAGUUUUGAAUGGUUGAGGGGUUACACAGAAAAGUUUGGCUUGUAUGAAGUAGAUUUCCAUAGUCCAGAUAAGACUACAACUCCUCGGAAAUCUGCUUUUAUAUAUAAAGAGAUCAUACGAUCGAAAAAACUAGAUCCGAAUUAUGAACCAGAACAAUAUUAUGAAGAGAAAGAAAUUUACAGAAAAGAGAGUCAAGAAGAAGGAAGAGUAAAAAAUUGAACAUAUAUUUUUAAUCAUUACGAGUAAUUUCUUUGAUUCAUUUGAUAA